UUUUGAUUCACUUUUUUUUUUAAAUUAUGUUCUGUGCAAGCCCUAGAUAAACGGCUCCAACUCCGGAGAGAGUAAAGGUUGAAAUUAGUUUUGCGCACCCAGUUUGAAAGCCGCAAAAACCCCUGGCCCCACAAUCGCAUCGCCCUGGCAGGCACCACCGUGAGGCAGCAGCAGCAGUCGGCAGCAGCAGCAGUGGAAGCAGGAGGGGAAGCAGGAGGGGGCAACGACGGCAAAGUCUUUUAAGGCAAAGCGAAGCAACGGCGUCACCAGCGCAGCGCCCAACAAAAGCCAGUUCUCUAUAUUUUGCAGGAAAUGGAGAGUCCUUGUGAGUCGGAGAGCUCGUUGGAUGGCGGCACCAUGCUGCCUCCCAGCCCAGUCUCGCGGGAGCAGCUCCAGAAGCGCAUCGAGUCGCUCACCCAACAGAACAAAGUGCUGAAAGCGGAGCUGGACACGUUCAAGACCAAGUGCAAGGUAGUGCAGGAGGAGAAUCGAUGCCUGAAGCAAGCCUCGGUCAUAAUUCAAGCCAAAGCCGAGCAGGAGGAGGAGUACAUCUCAAACACGCUGCUGAAGAAGAUCCAAGCUCUAAAGAAGGAAAAGGAGACCCUCGCCCAUCACUAUGAGCGCGAGGAGGAGUGCCUCACCAACGAUCUCUCGCGCAAACUGGACCAGCUGCGCCAGGAGAAGUGCAAGCUGGAGCAGACUCUCGAGCAGGAGCAGGAGUGCCUCGUAAACAAGCUGAUGCGCAAGAUCGAGAAACUCCAGGCGGAGACGGACAACAAGCAGACCAAUCUGGAGCAGCUGCGCCGCGAAAUGGUCGAGCUGGAGAAUACCCUCGAGCAGGAGCAGGAGGCGCUUGUCAACAAGCUGUGGAAGCGCAUGGACAAGCUGGAGACCGAGAAGCGCUCGCUGCAGAUCAAGCUCGAUCAGCCGGUGUCGGAUCCGACCACACCACGUGAUAUCACCAUCAAUGCCAAUGGCGGGGACACCGCCACCCAUCUGAGCUCCCACAUCAAGGCGCUGCGAUCGGAAGUGCUGCGUCUGCGCGACAAUUUCGCUGCCGCCCAGAAGGAGACCACAAUCAAAAUGCAGCAGUUCGCCCAGGAGGAGAAGUCCAUACGUGAGGAGAACGCCCGACUCCAGCGCAAGCUCAAGCAGGAGGUGGAGCGCCGUGAAGCCCUCUGUCGGCACCUCUCCGAGUCGGAGUCCUCGCUCGAAAUGGAUGAGGAGCGCUUCUACAACGAAAGCCUGAUGGCCGGCAACUCUGCGGCCUCGGCAGUGAAUGCCCAGCGACAGCGCACCAUCAGCAGUCCCGUCUCCCACAGCCCCUCGAGCAGUCGGCCUCUUAGUCCGGGCACAGCGGGUCAGAACCGUUGCUAUGCCUGCGGCCAGCUAGUGAAUCGAAGGGCCAGCGAGCGGUUCAUUAAGCCAGCACUGCCAACGCCCAUGCUGGGCCUGAACACUUCCGCACCCAAUGUGCUGACCACCACAAAUCCCCUGAUGGGCAUGCUGGGGCCAAAUGCAUCAUCGGCCGGGAACGCUGCUGGCGGCUUUCUCUCGAACAGUGAACGACUAAGUUUGGGCGCCCAGCCAUCAUCAGGGGGCGGCGGGGGCGUCAGCUCCACCUUUCUGGCUGGCGGCGGAGGAUUGCUGUCGUUGAACAGCCAGAUGGCGUCCAGUGCCUCGUCCUCGUCGUCCAAUUUGAUGAAUAUCAGCUUGAAUAACUCGUCCGGCGGCAAUCUGGUCAACAGCAGCAGCAACUCCUCGCUGUCGGCCUUUACGCCCACCAACCAGCCCAGUGCUGCGGCCACGGCCUUCAUCCAGCCGGCCAGCCCCAUGGACACUUCCACAUACAAGGAGUAGUAGACAGAGACGGGAUGGGAUCGGAUCGGAUUUGGAUGGCUCCUUGCUCCACCGUUACUCCAAUUAUUGUCAUGACUUAUUUUCCCUCUCUGUCACACUCACUCACACACACACAUAUAUAUAUUCGCUCCCACACACACACACACACCCACUCCCACACACGCAUGCAUGCAUGCAAGCAACCAGUUUAAAGAAAGGAAACCCCAAUUAUGAAAUGAAAUUUGAAACGAAAGCUAAUAAGAUAAAGAAAAUCCCUAAACUGUAA